AUAGUUAUAUCUGUAUUGUACUUUGAUGCCAAUCUGCAUAUGCAUUGAAAUAGAAAAUGUCUAACAUGGAUCGCUAUGGUUAUGCUUUAUACCUUCAUUUCAAAAUUCAAAUGUGCAUCCUACUUUGCUGUAAUAGUCAUGGAAAAGAAUUCACUGGACCAAACGUUUGCUGGAAGAAGAUUAAUGAACAGAAUAUUCGAUACUGUUGCUUGACCUAUUACUAUGACAACGGAAACUGCAAAGCAUGUAACCCAGGAAGUACAUCGUUAGAUGGCAUAACGUGUGUUCCUUGUCCUCCUAAUACAUACGGAGAAAUAUGUAAAUAUAAAUGCAAUUGCAGUUUGACACAAAAAUGUCAUCGCCAGUAUGGCUGCAUCGACAUUUCUUCAGCAGUAAUAAUGUCCAGUACAGAGGAAUACAGUUACAUUCAUAGAUUAAAUGCAACAUACAGAGGAUUCAAACGAAGUGAAAGCAGUACCGAAAUUUCACUCUCUACAGGACAUACAGAAACAGAGUACACAAAGAAACAUAAAGAUGCAAACACAACAUUUAUUUAUUAUCUGGUGGUUGCAGGUGGUUUAGUUGGUUGGCUUGUAUUUUGUUUCGCCGCGGUGAGACUAAUUUGCAAGAACAUAAAGCGAGAAAGACCGCCUCGUCAACUGCUUUCUCCUCCGACUGAAGUAAGCGCUGUUGAAAUGCCACUGCCAGUGGUACCCAAUGAAAGUAUCUAUAAUGAAAUAGAAGACGAAAUAGAAGACGGUCCGUCUUUAUAUUUAGCAGUUUGCCAUUCACCGUCUUACUUGAGUGUGAAAGACGACAGCGAAAAGUCGCUGAACAGCUCGACCACUGAAAACAAUUCCAUUAGUGAAGCUACUGUGUCCCCUCAGAAAGAGGAAGACUUAGAAUAUACCGAUGCUUUAUCCGACAAUAGCCAGGAGUCUUUUGAUGAAUGUAAUGCAAAUAAAAAUGAAGAUUACCUACAUCCAUACACGACAUUACAAGUUGACAAAGAAUAUACAUGUUCAUACACCAACUAAACACAUUUAUACUUUAUGGCAUCAAUGGUUUUACAGAUUAGAACAGAAAUUAAAAUCAUAUUAUGUAAAAUGAAUUUGUUUGUGAUUUUAAACAGCGUAUCUCAUAACAAAGGCAAUGUGGGAAAUCAAAGUGUAAAAGUAAUAUUAAAGUAGUAAUAGCGUGUGAUACCACUUUCCUAGGUCCAACACGUAUUUGUAGAAAACCUUCAUUCUUUUUUAACUUUUACACUGAUGAUUCUAAUCUAAUAAAUCACCUAUCCAAGUUUUCUCAGUUAGACGUGUUAAUUCUGUAAGAAUGAUAGAAGUAGAGCUGUAGUAGGUCCCUGUCCGGUCGAGAUAGUUAUUUUUAAAGAACAAGUGUGGUCACAGUUCAGUGUGGAUAGUAAUUGUUAAAUUUGUGUUAAUAUGUUUGACAGUGUUAUCUCCACUCGGUUUAUGUAUUGGUUGUGCCCCAACCAGAUGUUUUUUUUUUAUCUAUUUCUAUGUCUUUCACAGAUGGUUCUAUGUAAAACUGUUUUCCAAACUGACGGUCAUCUUGUAUUUUUAGAUAAGAAGCAAAAGCUAAAAUCGCAUUGUGAAGGGUUCGACAUUAAUUUUGUUUUUGUUUUGCCCUUGUGCAAGUGACCAUCAUAUAUUAAUUAUCUGAAAGAGACAACAACUUGACGAAAUUUUGUACUUGCUUAUGAAAUUUCUAUACUGCCAUUUACAGACAAAAAUUGAUGUAAUAUAAGCUUUCUUUUUUUCUGUCAAAAUGUUCCCUAGAGUCAGCUGCCAUGCCAUCUUAUAACAGAGCAGAUCAGGAUUGGUAUUUAGGAACAUAAAUGAUAUCUUUCCAAUGAAAACAAUGGGAAUAAAACAAUUUUCAAAUGUGCAUGUACUUUAUCUGGGAUAGAUACUGAUGCAACUCUGGUAUAUUUUUACCAACAUAAACCCUUCCUAAAAAAUACUGUGUAUCUGAUAGUUUUCCUUAAAUAAUCAGGUCUAAUCUGAAUGGUUCAUCAUAGAAUGUUUCUACAACUGAUUCUUACUCUAAUGGGUCAUUAUCUUGUUAAAUGUCUAUAUUUAGAUAGGAAAAUACUAAAAAUAUGCACGUUUGUCAAUAUUGUCAGGGGUUAUUAAUAUAAUGAUUUAUUUUUUUUAAAGAGAAUUAAUGAAGAAUAGAUUCUGUAUUUUAUAACUUUGAAUUUUUACUCGUCUAAGUCAAUUUGAGCAGCUGUUAAUGGCUAACCAUGAUAGUGUAAUUUAUUCAAUGUUUGUUUAUAUAAAUGUUCAAGAUUUGGAGAAGUUACAUUUGUUUUUGUAUUUGUAUGGAUCUACAAAAUGAUUACAUUGUAAAAAACAUUCAUCAAAGACACCAGGCCUUGCGAUCAUAAACUUUCGAGUACGAUUUUCGUACUAAUCAUAAGCCUGCCUGAUGGUACAUGUAUAUUGUAUAUUUUUAAAGAAGAAGAAGAUUUGGAACCAUAAUCUUUAAUAUAAUAUGACGUCAGAUUGUACAAUUUUAAUCCUACAUAUUAUUAUGACACUUCUAAAUCUACUUGUCACAUUAAUGAUUUGAUAUA